AAUAAGAACUUACUGGAUUCUUAAAGGUAGCCGACCCCAAACCUCUUUACCAUCAUGUGUGACGAUGAGGAUACUUGCGCUCUAGUGGUUGACAAUGGCUCCGGCAUGGUCAAGGCCGGAUUCGCCGGAGACGACGCCCCUCGUGCCGUGUUCCCCUCCAUCGUCGGCCGCCCCCGUCACCAGGGUGUGAUGGUCGGCAUGGGUCAGAAGGACGCUUACGUCGGUGAUGAGGCCCAGAGCAAGAGAGGUAUCCUCACCCUCAAGUAUCCUAUCGAGCACGGUAUCAUCACCAACUGGGACGACAUGGAGAAGAUCUGGCAUCACACUUUCUACAACGAACUCCGUGUUGCCCCUGAGGAGUCCCCUACACUUCUUACCGAGGCUCCCCUCAACCCCAAGGCCAACCGCGAGAAGAUGACCCAGAUCAUGUUCGAGACCUUCAACACACCCGCCAUGUACGUCGCCAUCCAGGCUGUCCUGUCCCUCUACGCCUCUGGUCGUACAACUGGCCUCGUCUGUGAUUCAGGCGACGGCGUUUCUCACAUGGUUCCUGUUUACGAAGGCUAUGCUCUUCCCCAUGCAAUUCUGCGUGUCGAUCUCGCUGGGCGCGACCUGACCAACUACCUGAUGAAGAUCAUGACUGAGCGUGGAUACUCCUUCACCACCACCGCUGAACGAGAAAUCGUUCGUGACAUCAAGGAGAAACUCUGCUAUAUUGCUCUCGAUUUUGAAAGUGAGAUGAACGUUGCCUCUGCAUCUACUUCUCUGGACAAGUCUUACGAGCUUCCCGACGGACAAGUCAUCACCAUCGGUAACGAGCGUUUCCGUUCCCCCGAGGCCUUGUUCCAACCUUCCUUCCUUGGAAUGGAGUCGGUUGGUCUUCAUGAAACCGUGCAUAAUUCUAUCAUGAGGUGCGAUAUUGAUAUCAGGAAAGAUCUGUUCGCAAAUAUAGUUUUGUCUGGUGGUACCACCAUGUACCCUGGUAUCGCUGACCGUAUGCAGAAGGAAAUCACUGCUCUUGCUCCUUCCACCAUCAAGAUCAAGAUCAUUGCUCCUCCUGAGCGUAAGUACUCCGUCUGGAUUGGUGGCUCCAUCCUGUCUUCCCUCUCCACCUUCCAGUCCAUGUGGAUCUCCAAGGACGAGUACGAGGAAUCCGGCCCCGGCAUAGUGCAUCGAAAGUGCUUCUAAGCAGGGUCCUUGUUCUCGGAAACAUGACUCUAAUUUGGGGAAGAGAUUUUGCGGUCUGUUGCAGAAACGAUUCUAUCAUGUGGAUUGCUGUAUUUUAUAUAACGUAUGCAAUCGCCUUUUCUGUUAAAAUAAAUUUAUAUUACUGA